GGGCCUUGCAGACCUGCCUUGAUUCACAGGAGUCCUUGCAGUGGCAACAUUGCUGUCCUCUGACUACUGAUGUAGCAAGACUGCCUGUCCAGCCUGCGGGGGUCUCCUCAGGUUGCACGUGCUGGUCCUUCCUCUGCACCCCUCAUCCCUCCGUCAGAAGGCUGCACAGCUCCUUCCAGCACCAUGACAGCUGGUCUCCAGGGAGGAGGCUCUCCGCUCAGCUCCAGCUUUAUCUCUCAGGGACCUGCAGCCCAAGCAUGUGCAGUCUUUAGCAACAGUAUCUUAUCAUCUACUUCUGGUGGACAACCAUGAGCCUUGGUUGGUUUUGGAGGAAGAGGACCCUCUACAAGAGCGUGUGCCUGGCCCUGGCCCUCCUGGUGGCUGUGACUGUAUUCCAGCGCAGUCUGACCCCCAGUCAGUUUUUGCAGGAGCCUCCACCAUCCACACUGGAGCCUCCAAAAACGGGACACCUGGUGAAUCCUAACAGCUUCUGGAAGAGCCCAAAGGAUGUAGUAGCCCCCACCCCAGUGACCUCUUGGGGGCCCCAGACCUGGGAUGUGACCACGACUAACUGUUCAGCCAACUUCAACCUGACCCGCCAGUCCUGGUUCCAGGGCUUAGAGCCACAUUUCCGGCAGUUUCUGACCUAUCGCCACUGCCGGUACUUCCCCAUGUUGCUGAACCACCCAGAGAAGUGCGAGGGUGACGUCUAUCUGCUGAUAGUGGUCAAGUCGGUCAUUACGCAGCACGACCGCCGCGAGGCCAUCCGUCAGACCUGGGGCCGAGAGUGGGAGUCGGUGGACAGGGACAGGGGAGCAGUGCGUACCCUCUUCUUGCUGGGCACAGCCUCGAAGCAGGAGGAGCGGGCCCACUACCAGCAGCUGCUGGCCUACGAGGACCGCCUCUAUGGUGACAUCCUGCAGUGGGACUUCCUUGACAGCUUCUUCAACCUGACCCUCAAGGAGAUCCACUUCCUCAAGUGGCUUAACAUUUACUGCCCCAAUGUCCCCUUCAUCUUCAAAGGCGAUGACGAUGUCUAUGUCAACCCUACCAACCUGCUCGAGUUUCUGUCUGACCGGCAGCCGCAGGAGAAUCUGUUCGUGGGCGAUGUCCUGCAGCACGCGCGGCCCAUCCGCAAGAAAGAAAACAAGUACUACAUUCCCACCAUCCUCUACAGCAAGACCACCUACCCGCCCUACGCGGGUGGCGGGGGUUUCCUCAUGGCGGGCCAACUGGCCCGGCGCCUGCAUCACGCCUGUGACACCCUGGAACUCUACCCUAUCGAUGACGUCUUCCUGGGCAUGUGCCUGGAGGUGCUAGGGGUGCAGCCCACGGCCCACGAGGGUUUCAAGACCUUCGGCAUCUCUCGGAACCGCAGCAGCCGUAUGAACAAGGAGCCUUGCUUUUACCGUGACAUGCUCGUGGUGCACAAGCUGCUGCCCGCUGAGCUGCUGGCCAUGUGGGGGCUGGUGCACAGCAACCUCACCUGCUCCCGCAAGCUCCAGGUGCUCUGACGUCACUGGGCCACCAGGGCACGGGGCCUCGCGUCCCCAGGGUCCAGGGAGGUUGGAGAUGCAGUGCGUGGGCAUAACCCUUGGUGCCCUGUGGGAGGUGAAGGGUUUGGGCUUCCUGUGCCCCUGGGUGUGGUGUGGGGUACAGGGAGCCGGAGAUGGAGUCCCGGAAAUUCCCAGAAAUCAAGACCCAGGAACAAUUGGAGCUAUCCAGACUAGAGGUCAUCUGAUGAGCCAGGUCCCUCGCCCAGACCUCUCUGACCUGGUGGGAGGCCCUGGUGGCCUCUGAAAACAUUUGCUCAGGUACCUGGGCUAGUUGUGGCCCUCGUGAGUCUGCGGCUGCACCUUCACAGAGAAGUCUCUUGGGGGCCAGGUGGCUCUUGUGCAGGCUCACAGGCGUCUCACUGUCCCCCGUGCCCAGAUAUCCUGGUAGAGGAGCCCAGCAGGCUCUCAGCACAGCCCCAGGCCUGCCUGGAGUCAGCCUCUGCUCCUCGGGGCCAGGCUCCUGGCUGCACCACCAGCCGCUCUGUCUACCUCAGUGUUCCUCUGAACCUCAGCGUGGGCUACAGCCCCACCCCACCCUACUCCCUAACAAGGGCAGAAGAGCAGUGCUCCUGGCCCCCCUAGUUGUGGGACUUGCCUGAUCAUAGCCUGAGUCCAGAUCUCUCCCCUUGCACCCCACUGAGGCCAGCGCUCUGGCUAGAAACCCAUCUAGCCCUGGAAGUAGACAUUCUCUAUUACUGUGAAGUUUAUUUAUGAAGAAUCUUAGGAAGAAUCGGAGGGACCGGGCCUCAGGAGGUGGUGGGCCCUCCUCCCUUCCCUGCUCGUUACCCCAGCACCCCGUCCUGUACUGAGCACCCCCUGCCCUUCCACCCACACCCCUGCUUCUCCAGGGCCUGUGCAGGGCAGCAUUUCCCCUGUGAAGGAAUCAAUCCGGGCCAUGGGAGUGGCUACAGAAGGAUGUCAUCUCAAAAAUGGAGACAUUUAUUUUCUCAAUAAAAUGGGAUUGGUUACUGGA